AGUGGACAUGAAUGAGUACAAAGUGGCAGUCUUUGGAUAUGGUGUCCCAGGAAAAACUGCACUCAUCACCCGAUUUGUGACGGGCACAUUUGUGGAUAUAUUUGAUCCUACGAUUGAAGGCAUUUUUAGAAAACAGCUGAAGAUAGGUGGUGAGACAGUGGUAAUGGAAAUUACUGACACAGGGGACGCAAAUUCAUUCAGCGGCCUGCAUAAUCUUUAUUUCAAAAAUGGGGAUGGAUUCAUUUUCGUCUACAGUGUCACAAGCAGUUCUUCUUUGGAAGAUCUUCCUCCUUUAGCAGAGCAAAUGCGCCGUGUCAAGGACAAGUAA